UAACAAGUUUCUAAAGUUUCAUCGAUUGUUAGUGAUUGCAAAUUAUCAAUUUUUACAUAUUUGUGUUAACUAUUUAAAAACCAGGAUAAUAAAUUUACCAUCGAUAAGAGUAUAAUCAAUAAAUAAAAAUUAUUUUACAUAACUCAAGAUUACGAUUGAUAAGGAUAAACAGCGAUUACAUUUUCCACAUGAUUUUCACUUAGUAAUUUUAUUUACUAAAAUUAUUUUAAAUUGGAUUAAAUAUUGAUAAAUAUAACUAUCAAAUUAUUGAAAUUAUUUAAUCAUGUCGAAACAUCGAUGUAAUCAUGACGAUGUUGGUAGUCCAAAAGCUUGUAAGAGAAACAAAUAUUUAAAAAAGCCAAAUAACAAAUUAGAAUUGAAUAAGAAAAAAUUAUCACCAAUUCAUAGACUUGAUGAUGAUUGUCUAGUUAAAAUAUUUAUGUACUUACCAGUCCAAAAACGUCUAGAAGUUGAAAAAGUUUGUACACGUUGGAAAGAUGUCAUUAAAAGUGCCUGGUAUGAUAUAAAAGAACUUGAUUAUUUAAAUUCAGAUGACAUUGAAAUUGAACUUGAUGAAGAAUCAUUAACACAAUCUGAAUUAGAAAAAAUGCUUGAACGUUGUGGAAGAUAUUUAAUAAAUUUAAGAUUAUCUGAUGAUUAUGAUUCAAAAAUAAUAAAUGUCAUACGUGAUAAUUGUCAUAAUUUAAUAAAACUCAAACUUGAGUUACAAACAUAUUCAGAUGAUAAUUUUUUAUGGGCAUUUAAUGACAUGGAAAAAUUACAAUCAAUUAAAAUACAUUUUUCUGGUAAUAUAUUAUUAAAUUGUCUUCAAAGUAUUCAUAAAAAUAUUGAAGACAUACAAUUUAUUGCACGUGAUAUUUAUCAUCAAUCAUUAAAUUAUCAUCGUAAUUUUCAGCAAUUACUAUCUAAAUUCAAUUGUUUGCGAUACUUGACAAUGAAUAGAUUGGAAUUAUCAUAUGAAACAAUUAAAACAAUUGGUCAAAUGAGAAGCUUAAUUCAUCUUGAUUUACAAAAUUGUUAUCAAAAUAAAAAAACAUCAUUAGUUCCAUUGAUGAAUCUUAGUAAUCUUGAGUAUCUUGAUUUAUUUGGCAUUCAUAUUGGUAAUGAUGUUGAUGAUUUGAUUGAUGGUCUUGCUGUUAAUUGUGUUCAUCUUAAACACUUUGAUAUAUCAUGGAAUCUCAGCUUGACAAAGAGAGGCCUAAUGAAUAUUUGUAAAAUGAAAAAUUUAGAAGUACUGAGAAUGAAUUAUUUAACAUUUCAAGUUAAUCAACAAAUUGGAAAAUUUGAUAAACUAAAAAAACUUGAAUGCAAUGGUUUUAUUGGUGGUGUUAAUACUAUUAUCAUUGGUAUCAUUAAAAAUUCACCAAAUCUUGAAAAUUUUGAUAUUAGAAAUACACCAGUUACUAUUCAUACACUAAAUAAUGCUAUUAAAAUUACAAAAAAACGUAAAAAUAAUAUUACGUUGCAUCUUUGUGUUAGUCGUACGAGCUUCGAAAAUUAUGAUCAAUUCGAAAAUACGUCACCAUUGUUGGAUAUUCAAUGUCAUUAAUUAUUAUUCAAUCAAUAAUUAAAAAAACA